AUGGCCUUCAUCCAAGACCCGCGCCUCCGUCAAACCUGGAACAAUCUUUCCCACACCACUGAAGCCGCCGCCUCCGACGCCGCGGCCGGCAUCUGGGCCUUCGGCCACGCUUAUGUCGCUCCCUGCCUUUCAGCUGUCUCGGGCGCCAUCGACCGCUGCUGUCUCAGUGUGUGCUUAGGUGCUGACCGUGAGGAGCGUGCGCGCCGAGCCCGUGAGCGCGAUCGUGGCGCGCGCAGGAUCGAAGCGAGUUUUGAUUUCUACGAUGAUUGGGAUGAGGAUUUGUGGGCUGCGGCGCAGUAUGAUGAUUACUAUUAUGAUAAUUAUUAUGAUGAUGGAGGACUGGGGGGCAGCGGAAGUGGAGGGGGGAGUGGUAGGAGAGGGUUUGAUUGGGAGAGAUUGCUUGCUGGGACGGGGAGUCGAGUGGUUGGUAGACGGGGAGGGGGAGGGGAUGGAGAUGGACGGGGCGUAGUUGGGGAUCAGCCCCGGAGAAAGAGGGGGAUGAGUUAUGGGACUCGCGGGGGAGGCGAUGCGGGAAGGAGGAAGGUGACUGGUGAGGAAGAUGAUCCAAAUGUGAUUCCCAGAACGGCACCGUUGGGAUUUUUGUUGAGGUUGCCGUUCAAGAUAGUCGGGUCACUGCGGUACAAACCGUCGGCCGCGAACCUGAGGGAGCAUCCUGGGCAUGGGGCCUACUAUGGCGAGAACAGGCCUGGCGAGGAGAGGGAACCGCUGCUUGGUAGGAACGAGGAUGUGCAAUAUGGCCGGAGGUCACCCGUACAACGGCAGCAAGAGGAGAGUAAACAGCAGCAACAGCAAUCUCCCGGCCGAGCACGCAGCAAUACGACCAUGUCCGGAGACACAUCUAGUUCGUACCGGUCACGCAACGACCUCUUUUCGAGCGACGGCGAAGGCGACGAGGACGCGGUACCGCUAGAUGAUGAAUUUACUGUUGCACUAGCUCGUGUCAGCUGCCCUGGUGGCGAUGAUCGCAGCAGCAAUAAGAUGCGCAGCAGUAAAGGGAAAGGCAAACGGCCUGACGGCGAGAGGGGGUUGUCUCGAACAUAUUCGAGGACGACAAUGGCAUCUUCAGUGAAGACCACUAGUUCUAGGCGAUCGACGGCUGACGAGGCUUCGCUUAAGGAUCUGGGCCAGAGUAUCUACAGUACACGGUCGCUUGGGCUGGAUGGGGAGUACGAGUACCAUGACGAGGUUGUCCGGUCGUUGGAGAACCUCCGGCGCGAGGAAGAGGAUGUUGAACGCGAGGAGAAUGAGGAGAUUGAGCGCAAACGGCGAGCUGCUGAGCGACUGGCAAUGCAGAAGGGGUUGGCUGUUAAUGUUGCGGCCGGCCAUACUGGAACAGAGCAACAACAACAACAACAACAACAACAACAGGAUAGUGAACAGCGAGAGGCGCAUUCUCGGGAUCAAGAAACCCGACCGAAGCCGAACGGGUCAGUAACCGAGCACUUGAUCGAAGAAUCCAAGCCCGUUCCCCCAACAUCACCAGAAGCUCCGCUGCCGAAGGAUGACGAUGAUAAGAAACCAGGAAAUGGAGAGAGCAGAUUUAAUGCUGCCCGGUUGCCUAGGUUCGGGUAG